AUAACAUUUGUUUUAGUUAGUGGGUACAGUUGGCGGUGUGACGAAAGAUACAGUGCUCCUCGUGGUUUUCUGGCCCUUAAAAAAUGGUGCACGGAAAUGAUGUUCUGCAUAAAAAUCACUUCAGAAAGAAAUGGCAGUUUAUGGUAAAAACCUGGUUCAACCAGCCAGCCCGUAAAGAACGUAGACGUCAGGCCAGGAAGGCAAAAGCUCAACGCAUUGCUCCUAGACCAGCCUCAGGACCACUUCGUCCAAUUGUGAAUUGUCCAACUUUCCGAUACAAUAUGAAAGUGAGGGCUGGUCGUGGUUUUACACUUCAAGAGAUACGUGCUGCAGGUUUAAGUCCAAAGUUCGCCCAAACAAUUGGCAUUUCCGUAGACCACAGAAGACGAAAUGUUUCUGUCGAAGGGUUACAACGGAAUGUCGCUAGACUUAAGGCCUACAAAGCCAGACUUAUACUCUUCCCGUUGAAUCCAGCCAAGCCUCAAGCUAUGGAAGCAAAGGCUGAUGAUGUCAAGAAGGCCACCCAACUUCGACGCCCUAUAUUCCCGAUCACUCAAAGAGCUAAACACUUGAAGGCUCAUGAACCAACUCCAUCUGAACUUAAAUACCGGGCUUUCCAUGCCAUACGUCAACACAGAGCUAAUGCUCGUCUAUACGGAAAACGCUUGAAGGCUCGUCAAUCUGCUACUGCAGAAUAAUCAUUUGCAAAUAGAUUUUUCUUUGGGUCAA